AACGAAACAUAUUUAUUAACACUCUCUUUCCUUCCAGGUGAGGUCUUUGUCCCGCCCACUUUGGCCCCUGAACCAAUCAGCACUGGCGAGUGUUUACCUAAUUAUGGCAUCGACUACACUGGCGACCUGGCUGUUACCAUGGGAGGCCACACCUGUCUGAAGUGGGCAUCAGCAGAGGCUAAGGCCCUCAGCAAGGACAAGGAGUUCAUCCCCGAGGUCGCUCUGCCGGGGAACAAGUGUCGUAACCCUGACAACGACCCCGAGGGCCCCUGGUGCUACGUGAACAUUUAUGGAAAUGUGACACUGGACUACUGUGACCUGGAUCUGUGUGAGGAACAGCUGCUCGAAGACUCGCUGAUAACAGAGACCGGAGGCAGGGAGCGCUCCGUCCUGGUACCCGCCAAGAAAAUCUUUUUCAAUCCUCGCACCUUUGGAGAGGAGGAGCGUGUGUGGAGUUCGCCCCCCUGUUCGAGAGUCAGGGCAAAAAAGGACAAGAAGGAGGAGGAGCUGUUGGAGUCGUACAGAGAACAACGCAUCGUCGGGGGUGACGACGCUGACGUGGCCUCAGCGCCAUGGCAGGUGAUGUUGUAUAAGCGCAGUCCUCAGGAGCUGCUGUGUGGAGCGAGCCUCAUCAGUGACCAGUGGAUUCUCACCGCUGCUCACUGCAUCCUCUACCCGCCCUGGAACAAGAACUUCACCACCAACGACAUCCUGGUCCGCCUGGGAAAACACAACAGGGCCAAGUUUGAACGAGGCACUGAGAAGAUCGUAGCGAUCGAUGAGAUCAUCGUUCAUCCUAAAUACAACUGGAGGGAGAAUCUGAACCGUGACAUCGCUCUGCUGCACAUGAGACGGCCAAUCGUAUUCAGCGAUGAGAUUCACCCGGUCUGCCUGCCCAGCAAGAAGGUCGCCAAAACUCUGAUGACUGAAGGCUAUAAGGGUCGAGUUACCGGCUGGGGGAACCUGAAGGAAACCUGGAACCCGUCAGCGAGGAACCUCCCGACGGUCCUGCAGCAGAUCCAUCUACCCAUCGUAGAACAGGACACCUGCAGGAGCUCCACACAGGUCAAGAUCACCGACAACAUGUUCUGUGCUGGUUAUAAACCGGAGGAUUCCAAGCGUGGAGACGCCUGCGAGGGAGACAGCGGAGGACCGUUUGUGAUGAAGUACCCAGCAGAGAACCGCUGGUAUCAGAUGGGCAUCGUGUCGUGGGGCGAAGGCUGCGACCGCGACGGAAAGUACGGCUUCUACACUCAUCUGUUCAGGAUGAGCCGGUGGAUGAAAAAAGUUAUCGAAAGAUCGGGAGCGGACGACGACUAGACGACAUCCAUCGUUUCCUGUUCUGCCUUCCGAGCGAGAUAAUGCCAAUAAAGUUUGUUAACAUCG